AUGGGUCGGAAGCGGUGUGUCGGUGCAGAUUGUUCCAAGAUGGCGGCCGGGUGCUGCGGGGUGAAGAAGCAGAAGCUGUCGGGAUCUCCCGGUUCGGGGGGUCCCGGCGGGGUGGGGGCGGCGGGAAGCGGGGUGAUAGGUACCGGACAUUGUGGCUCGGAUUUGGGGAUUGGCUCCUCCGCGACCGUUGCAGCAACGGCGAACGUGAGCCGAGUGAACGGCCUGGGGGGACCCGGGGGUAAUGUUAGCGGUUGUAGCGGUGGCACAAACGUUCUAUCUCCAGCCCCGGCCGGCUACACAUCCGGCCUCUCCCCGAAUCUCAGCCCGGGACCAGGUUUGGGAAGUGGUGGCAGAAAAAUGAUCGUCUCCGCGGAGAUGUGCUGCUUCUGUUUUGACGUGCUUUAUAGCCAUCUGUACGGAUACCAACCUCCGAGAACACCCAGGUUUACAAAUGAUCCUUAUCCGCUGUUCGUCACGUGGAAAAUAGGCAGAGACAAGCGGUUGAGGGGUUGUAUAGGUACAUUUUCUGCCAUGACUCUGCACUCAGGACUCAGGGAGUACACCCUUACCAGUGCCCUUAAAGACAGCCGCUUCCCCCCUAUGACAAGGGAUGAGCUGCCUCGCCUCUUCUGCUCAGUGUCUCUUCUCACCAACUUUGAAGACGUCGGUGAUUACCUUGAGUGGGAGGUGGGUGUUCAUGGUAUAAGAAUAGAGUUUUUCAAUGAAAAAGGAUCAAAACGCACCGCCACCUACCUGCCAGAGGUUGCAAAGGAGCAAGGUUGGGACCACAUUCAAACCAUAGAUUCCUUACUACGAAAGGGAGGAUAUAAAGCUCCCAUCACAAAUGACUUCAGGAAGACCAUUAAGUUAACCAGGUACCGUAGCGAGAAGAUGACGUUGGCUUAUGCAGAGUACAUCUCCCACCGCCAGCAUCAUCACUACCAGAAUGGCAUUGGGCACCCAGUGCCGUCUUACAAUCAUUAUUCCUGACAGCGAGCCGCAUGACCAGUCACUGGAUCUCUCCGCGGACCUAUUCCCUGGAGAGCCUGCCCCUUCCUGGUCUAGCUAUUUCUACUACUGUACCAUUUUAUGAUGAUAGUUUCCGUUGCCGUGCUGGCCGUCUCCCAGACGUUGACAUGGCAACGGGUGGCAAUGAAGCAUCAUUUGAAUUAUGGCAAGAAAUCCAUGUUUCCUUUUGUUUGCCUGUGGUUGAGCUUUUUGCAGCAUAUGCAUACCUAAAUCUAUACCCCCCCAUCAUAUUAUUUGAAAAUUAAACCAUUAUUAGAUUUCCUAAAUAUGGUGUUUUUUUUUUAGCAAACCUAAUCAGGUGUUUGA